GGGAGUGGGUUAAUUAAGCAAAAGCCGCUUAAUUACUUUGGAAGGUAUGGGAAGGGAAGGGCAGACAAUCCAUCUCCAAUUACUUGUUACAGAAAUCCUCUACUGGUCUGAAAAUGCUUUGUCUUCCCAAUACGCUGCCCUCUCUCUCUCUCUCUCUCUCUCUCUCUCUCUCUCUCUCUCUCUCUCUACAUAUUUAUAUCUCUUCUUCUGACAUGCCAUUUCAUUCCGACUCCUCCCAAUCCAAUCACCAAAACCAAAUUUAUGAGCUUGUUCUACGUCGCCAUGACCAAACCCAACUUCUUCUUUCUCUUUCUUGCGUCUCUCCUCUUCUCGUCUCAUCACUCCUCCUUCACCAUUUGCAGUGCAGCAGUCGAGGACUCUGAUGAAGUUGGUGAUGAAACUCCAUUUACUUAUCUUGAAGGAACUGGUAAAGGACCAAAGAAAUGGGGAGAAAUUGACCCUCAUUGGAAAGUUUGUGAUACUGGAAAAUUGCAGUCUCCAAUCGAUCUUCUUGACCAAAGGGUGCAGGUUUUCCCUCACUUGGGGAAAUUGAAAAGGGGUUACAAACCAGCUCCUGCUACUGUGAAGAACCGAGGUCAUGACAUCACGAUGAGGUGGAACGGAGAUGCAGGAAAAAUCAACAUAAAUGGGACUGAUUAUAGACUGUUACAAUGUCAUUGGCAUUCACCCUCUGAACAUACGUUUAAUGGAUCAAGGUAUGCUUUGGAGUUUCAUGGUCAUUUAAGCUCUACCGGAAAGAUUGCUGUAAUUGGAAUUGUGUACAAAUAUGGUCGACCUGAUCCCCUCCUUUCAAAGCUAUUCCACCACAUAAAAUCGGUUGGGAUAGAAGAGGAGGUUGACAUAGGGAUUAUUAAUCCCGGGGAUAUUAAGUUCGGAAGCAGAAAGUACUACAGAUAUAUCGGUUCUCUUACCGUUCCUCCGUGCACUGAGGGUGUAAUUUGGACAAUCGUCAAAAAGGUGAGGACAGUUUCAAGGGAGCAAGUGCAUGCACUAAGGGAGGCUGUACAUGAUGGAUUCGAGAUGAAUGCAAGGCCAACUCAAGAACUGGAUGGAAGACCAGUGCUGUUAUACACUCCAAGGGACAUUGGAGGUUCUGCUUAAUUAGUGUAAAAGUACAUUAGAGAGGGAUAUGUGUGCUUUUUCUUCUUUACCCAUAUAUAUUGAAAUUGAAGUUUAAUAGUUUCGCACUUAUUGAAUGUUGGUUGUAUGCAUCAUUUGUCACAUCACGUGGUACACCAAUAUGAUACAAAAAAAUGUUGUCUCCCUACUCUAUAUUAAGAUAUAUCUAUUUGGAUACUCUCA